GUCUUUGCAGCGCUCCUGCAGAACCACAAGGCGUGCCGGCACUUCGCCGAGGUACUCGCGAGCUUCCUCGUUACCUCACGCCUGGACGCGCUCCGCACGCCCGACACGCCAGUAGCAGGGCUCGUGCAGCAGCUCUUCCGCCUGCUCUUUGGCGCCGUUGCCAAGUACCCCAACGACUGCGAGCGCGUGCUGCAGCCCCACAUAUCCGCCAUAAUGGACGCCUCGUUAAAAGCCGCCACGGACCUCGACCGCCCGCACGCGUAUCUCCAGCUGCUGCGCAUGAUGUUCCGAGCGCUCUCCGGGGGCCGCUUCGAGCUGCUGUAUCGCGAGUUUGUGCCGUACCUCCUCCCCUGCACCAACACCAUUGUCUCGCUCCUCAACGGCCCCUCAGGCCCUCAGCUUAACGAUCUGCUGCUGGAGCUCAGCCUCUCUCUCCCUGCUCGCCUCUCCUCGCUGCUCUCCCACCUCCCGCGCCUCAUGAAACCCCUGCUGAGGGCCCUUCGCGGAUCUGAAGAGCUGGUGGGGCUUGGGUUACGCACACUCGAGGUCUGGGUUGACUCGGUCAACCCAGACUUCCUAGAGCCAGCCAUGGCUCCUGUGCUACCGGACCUGCUGCUCUGUCUCUGGUCGCAUUUACGCCCGAAGCCGUACCCGUAUGGCAGCAAGGCGCUGCAGCUGCUGGGGAAGCUGGGCGGGCGAAACCGCAGGUUGAAAGACCCGUUGGUGCUGGAGGCAAAGGAGAAUCCGGAGCAUGGGCUGCGGCUGAUUCUCACGUUCGAGCCCAGCACAUCGUUUCUCGUGCCCCUGGACCGUUGUGUUCAGCUGGCCUACGCUGCCGUCAUGGCAGGCCCGCUUCCCCCCCCGCUCCCUUCUCCAGGAGUUACAACAGCAGCAGCUGCGGGCAGUGGAGCAGGAGGAGGAGCUGCAGGAGCAGCAGCAGCAGCAGGAGGAGCAGCAGCAGCAGGUGGUGGUAGCGGUGCGGCUGGUCCGCCUGCUGUUGCUGCAGGGCCAGGCACGAUGCAGCAGCAGGGGCAGCAGGAGCAGCGUGGCAUCCAGACAAAGGCAGAGCCGCAGGAAGGGAAGGGUGGGGAGGUGAAGGCAGAACCAGGGCAGGCAGGGACCACAGGCGGGCCGAGUAGCGGCCACGGCGCUGCUGCUAGCGGCCCUGCUGGCCAUUCCACCACUUCAGCAUCCUCUCGUUCCUCCUCCAACCCCUCUUCUGGCGCCAUUCCCACGCCUCUCGGGACCUUCUCUUCCUCCUCGCCCUCUUCCUUCUCCAACCCGACUCUCACGCUGCACCUGCGGCGGCAGUCGCUGCGGUUCCUGCGUGUGUGCCUGCUGUCGGUGCUGAAUCUGCGGGGGAAUGUGGAUCGCGAGGCUGGGAUUAGCUCGCAGCAGCUGGCCUCUCUGCUGCUGUCUCCUGCUGAUCGCAGCAGGCACCGCGUGGAGUUUGCUGCUCCUAAGGUUGACAUUGGGGCGAAGACGAAGACUCAGCUGCAGGCGGAGCGAGCACUGUUCAAGCAGCUGCUGUGUGCUGUCAUUGCUUCCUCCUCUCAACCAGAGCUUCAGGAUUCCGACGAGGAGCUGGUUGUCAAUAUCUGCCGCCACUUUGCCAUUCUCUCCCACCUCGACAACAACCAAGCCACCCCCCCCCCUGCAGCCCCCAGUGCCACCACCGGCACCACGCCUCCUCCUGCUGCCUCCCCCGCCGCCACCGGGCCAAGUUCUGGUGCUGCUGCUAUGGCAGCAGGCAGGGUAGCAGGUGGAGCAGGGAGCGUUGGGCAGAGAGGAGAUGCAGGCAGUAAGGAUGAGGUGAUGGGGGAUGUUACAACGAACCAGCAGCAGGGAGGCAUGGCGAGGAAGAGAGGCAGGGAGGAGGAGGCAGGCAAGGUAAAGCCGGAAGCAAUGGAGGUGGAUGGGAGGGGUCUGGCCGCGGGAAGGCCAGUGGCAGUGGGGAAGACUGCUGAUGGAGAGGGCGGGGAGCAGGAUGGUCCUGAUAGGAAGCGGCGGGUGGUGGGGCAGCAAGGGGGUGCCGAGGGUGCGCAGCAGCAGGUGGCUGUUCGGCCAGUCCCUCCUGCUGUUGCAGUGCCAGCAGCAGCGCCAGGAACAGCCCCAGUAGUGGUGGCAGUACCAGCAGAGGCAGCAGCUCCAGCAGUGACAGCACCAGCAGCGGCGGCAGCGGCAGUGGCAGCGGCAGCAGCAGCAGGGAAGGCGUCACCGUCAGGCAUUGCUGUGCCAGCAGCAGCGCAGGGCAAAGGCGUGGUGGCUGCCUCACCCCAGAAAGGCCAGGUGAUGGUACAAGCAAGAACAGGCCUAGCCCCCCCUGGCCAGCAGCAGCAACCAUUGCAGCAGCAGCAGCAGCAGCAGCAGCAAAGGCAGGCACCAGCAGCGGCAGCGGCACAGGGACAGGGGGUUCGUCCACAAGGAGUGGUGGUGGCGAGGCCACAGGGAGUGUUGCCUCAAGCACAGCCGGCAGCGGCGCCAGUUCAGCCUGCGCAGCCCGGAGCAGUGCGACAGAUGGUGCAAGUGAGCAAGGCCAGUCAGUCGACGGAUGAGGAGAAAUCAAAGGAGAGUGUGGUGGUGGAAGAAAAGGGUAAAUCUGUAGGGGAAGCAGAUGUAGCAGGGUUGAGAAAAGAGGUAGCGGAGGGGGUUGAGGAGGAAAAGAAGACGAGUGGAGUCAGUCAGGUUGAGCAAGGGAAAGGUAGUGUUGAGGGUGAGGAGAAGAAGGAGGACAAGGAAGUAGAGACGGAGGAGGGCAAAAGAGAAGGGAAAGAAGAGGAAGGAGAUGUAAAGAGAAAGGAGCCAGCGGGUGGUGCCACGUCUGAUAAAGAGGAGCGGGAAAAGGCUGUGACGGGGGAUGUGAAGCCGAGUGGAGAGAAGGCAGAGGAGGGUGCUGCGACAGUGGCGGUGGCUGCUGAAGUGAAAGUGAAAGAUGCCCAGGGCACGAAGAAGGAGGAGGAGAAGGAGAAGGAGAAGGCGAGGGAGGAGAAGGAGAAGGAGGAGGAAAAAGAGAAGGAGAAGGAGAAGGAGAAGGAGAAGGAGAAGGAGAAGGAGAAGGAGAAGGAGAAGGAGAAAGAAGCAGAGAAGGUGAAGGAGGAAAAGGGGGAUGAGGAGAAGGAAAAGGAGGAGGACAAGGAGGGCGCACCGAAAGGUACUGGUGGGGCAGUGGAAGUUACAGGAGUGAAGGCGGACGGGGAGGAUUCUGGAAAGGGCGCUUCUGCUGCUGCCACUACUACAGCUGCCACGGCUGACUCGGAUGUUGAAGGAAAGGAGACAGGGGCAGGAGAUGCGAAGGAUGGAGGGGUUGGUAAGGACAGUGCGAAAGUUGAAGGGACGCAUGAGGGUAAGGAUUGUGCAGGACAAGAGGCCAAGGCAGGAAAGGUGGAGGUAGGUGAAGCUGCUGCUGCAGGAGGAGAGAAGCAUGAAGGGGAGGUGGAGGAGGGACGUGAGGGCACAGAGGGCAUGGCAGUAGAUGCGAAGGACGCUAAGGGUGAGACUGAGGGUAGGGAGGAGGUGGGAGGGGAGGCGAGGGGAACUGGUGAUGAAAAGGAGGGUGGGGGAGGCGUGGUAGAGGAGAAAGGAGAGGCGGGCAAGGAGGGUGGAGGAGGGGAGGGAGGGACUGAGAGGGGAGGGGAGCAGUCUGGGAAGGAGGAUGAGGAGGUGAAGUUGAGUACAGCAGAGGCUGCUGUUGAAGGAGUGAGUGGGACGGGUGGUGAAGCAAGGGAAGCUGGUGCAGGAGAGAAGGGAGAUGUGGCUAUGGAGGAAGGGAAGGGUGAGGUAGGAGAAGGUGAGGGGGGAAAGGGCGAGGGGGAUAAGGUGGAAGAGGGUACUGGGGAGGAGGGAGAGAAGGGGGGUAAGGCGGAAGAGGCUGUUGCUAUGGAUGUAGAGGCAGGGGGGAAUGCGGUGAGUGGAGUGGAAGAUGCUGGGAUGGCCCUGGUGGAAGCGAGUGAGAUAACACAGGAGGGUAAAGAGGAGGGUUUGGGGGAAGAGGAGAAGGCGGAGGUAGCACAGGAGAAUGAAGCGGAAGCUAUGGAAGUGGAAGGCGAGAAUGGGGGGGCGGGUGAAGUGAGGAAGAAGGUGGAGGAAGGGGAGAAGGAGGGGGAAGAGGAAAAGGUUGGGGAAGAGGAGAAGGAGGGGGAUGGGGAGAAGGUGGGGGAAGGAGAGAAGGAGGCGGAUGUGGAAAAAGAGAGCGAAGCAGGGAAUGGGGAAGCUGGUGGGGAGGCUGAGAAAGUUGAGAUGAAGCAGGGUGGGGAUGCUGAAGAGGGGAAAGAGGCGAAAGAGGAGAAAGAGGAGAAAGAGGAGAAAGCUGAGGAGGAGAAAGAGGGGAAAGAGGAGCAAACAGAGCAAGAGAAAGAGGGGAAAGAGGGAAGCGAGGGAAAAGAGGAGAAAGUGGAGAAAGAGGAGAAAGCAGAGAGAGAGGAACAGGGGAGAGGGAUUCAAGGAGAGGAGGCAGAGGAUGGAGAGAGAGUGAAGCUCUCAGAGGAGGGGAAACAUAGAGAGGGAGAGGCGGGAGGUGGUAUUGCAGGGCAAGACGAGGCAGCUGCAGGCAUGGAGGUGGAAGGGGAGGGUGAGGGGGAUGGGGCGGGGAACGCGGGCAAGGGGAAUGCAGAGGGCGAGGCAGGUGAAGCGGGAGAGGAGAAGGCAGGGAGAGAGGAGAAAGUUGAAACGAUGGUGGUAGCUGGAGAGGAGAAGACAGAGGCGGGUGAAGGGGAGGAGGAGAAGGCAGGUGGGCAGAGGGCUGAGGAGGUUGCUGAGGGAGAAAGAGAGGAGAAGGGCGAUUUGAAAGAGAGUGAGAGAGAGGCACAGGGAGGGGACGCGCAGAAAGACGUGGAGAAAGAAGGAGAGGCAGCAGUGGAGGGUGGUGCAGGGGAGGAGCAGGCACAGGGUGCAGAGGGGGCAGAGCAAAAACCAGAGGAGGGUGGUGGAGAGGCGAGCGCAGGGAAGUUGGAGGAAGACGGGAAGGAAGAAAGGAAAGAGGAGGGGGAGGAUGAUACAGGCGCGGGAGAGGGGGGUGAUGCAGAAGCGGGGAAGGAUGAGGAGGGCGACGGAGAAGUCGCAGCAGUGGAGGCAGGGGGAGAUAAGGCGGAGGGAGGGAAGGAGGGCGAUAUGGAGGUAGAGGAGGUGGGGCGGAGUGGGCCUGAGGGGGGGGAGCAGGCAGAGCAAGGUCGGGAGGAGGAAGGUGCGGAAGUGGGAGAGGGGCAAGGUGAUCCUGUGGGUGCGGCGGAUGGGAAGGAAGAGAAAGUGUUGGAGGAACAAGGGAUGGACAAGGCAGGGGAGGUUGCGGAGGGAGAAAUGAAGGACAGUGCAGAUGGUGGCGUGGGCGGAGUAGAAACGGAGCAGGGGGGGCAGAAGGAGGAGAGCAAGCAGGGCGAGCAGGGGGAGCAGGGGAAGCGGGCAGCGGAGCAGGGUGGAGUUGAUGGGAAGAAGGGGUUGGAGGAGGGACAUGAGGGUGGGGCCAAAGGGCGCGGGAAGGAGAAGAAGGAAGGGGAAGAAAGUGCUGGUGCUGAGGGGAUGGAUGAGGAGAGCAAGGCGGAGAAGGGCGAGGGAGGUGGUGCAGAGAAGGUGGGUGAUGCGGAGCAGAAUGGUGCUGAGGGGGGAGAGGGUGGAGAGGGUGGGGCGGGAGAUGGCAAGGAGAAAGGCGAGCAUGAGGAGCAGAAGGGAGGUGAGGUUGUGGCUAUGGAGGUGGAUGGGGCUCGAGGGGAGAAGGAGGAGGGUGGGGCGGAGAGGACAAAGGACGCUGCUGCUGCUGCUGCUAAGGAGGAGCAAGGUAAGGUGGAGGAGGAGGAGGUGAGAGAAGAUGGAGGAAAGCAGGACGAUGGUGUGACAGGGAAGGAGGAGCCAGAGGUCAAGAAGGGAGGAGCAUGUGAUGAGACGACUCGUGCCGCUGCUCCUGAUAAGACCAACGAGGUUGAAGAGAAGGCGGAAGGGACAGGGACUGGGACAGAGGCAGGCGCGAGAGCAGGGACAGGGACAGAGAUUGGCACAGGGACAGAAACAGGGUCAGUUGCAGAAACAUCAGGGACAAAGGAAGUGAAGGAAGAAGAGAAGGCGGAGGGGAAGGAGCCAUCGCAGGGCGCAGGAGGCUCAGAGAAGGCAGAGGAAGAAGCGGAGGAAAAAUUGGAGAAAGGAGUGGAAGCAGAGGCGAUGGGGAGUGGAGAGGCGGAGGCUCAUGGGGAGGAGAAGGGUGUGGUGAAGGUCACGGGUGAUAAGGAGCGGGGUGCAGCAGGAGAGGGGGCAGCAGGUGGUGUUAAGGCUGAGCAAGGCCCUGGUGCACAAGGGUCUGCGGAAGGAGAGAGUACGAAGGAAGGAACAGCCGAGGAUGGGAAGGGGGAGGGGAAGAAAGACGAUGGGAGUGCAGCGGGUGGCAAGAAGGAAGGAGAGGGAGUGGAGGGUGAGAAGGGGGAAAGUGACUCAGCAGGGGCGGUGGAGGAGAGCAAGGAAGUGAAGGGAGGAAAGGUGGCAGAGGUGGAGUGUACGCCGCUCCAGGAGGAGGGUGAGAAGAAAAAGGUAGGAGAGGAGGCUGAGAAGCAGCAUGGGGUUGGGCCAGAUGGUAAGGCGGAUUCAGAGAAGCAGGUAGUUGAUAAAGGGACCGGUGGUGGUGGGGUUGAGUCAGGUGGUGGUGGGGGAGAGGCAGAUGGUGGGAAGCAGAAGGAGGCUGCGGGAGAAGAAAAGAGCACGGUGGGUAAGGGUGGAGAGAAAGAGGGGAUGGCGGAGGGGAAGGAGGUGAAGGAGGGGAAGGAGGGGAAGGAGGAGGUGAAGGAGGAGGCGGGUAUAAAGGGAGAAGGGAAAGCAAGUUCUGCAGGUGCAUCAGGAGACGGCGGUGGGAAGGAGAAGGCUGCAGUAGAGGAGAAUAAGAAAGGUACGGAGGAGGGGAAGUUAGUGGUUGGGGUGAAGGAGGAAGAGAAGGGCCAGCAGUUACAGACAGCAGCGGUUCAAUGCAAGCCAGAAGAGACAGGUACGGUGGCAGGAGAAACGGUGGCAGGAGAAGUGAAGGGAGGAAAGGAACAAGAGGCGGGGGCAGGUGGGGUUGCAGGAGAGAAGGAAACUGGUGACAAGAUGGAGGUGGAUUCAACAGGUGUCGGGGCAAAGCUAGAUCCAGCAGAAGGGAAGGCGGGUGGAGAGGGAGAAGGGCAAGAUGUGAAGAUGGAAGAUGUAGGAGAGGGGAGUAAGGAGGUGAAAGCUGAGCAGGUGGUUGGGACGCAGCAAUCACCUGUCAAACCUGUGCAAGGCCAGCAGCAGCAGGCACAAGCACAGCAGCCUGUGCAGCCACCAUCGGCAACACCUGUGGCACCAACACCGUCACCACCAUUGGUACCAACCCCAGCAGCAUCCGCAGUGCAGCCAGUGCAAACAGUGCAGAAAGCACAGCCAGCAUCAGAGGGGCCUAAACAGCCACCGUCACAGCAGCAGGUGGUGGCACAGCAAGGUACGGUGGUGCAGCAAGGUGGAGGCGCAGCAGGGACCCAGGGUGCAGUGCAGCAAGCGGCAGGGACAUCAGCUGCUCCUUCGCAACAGCCCACACCAGCUACAGCACAGCCACGGCCACCACCAGCACUGCAGCAGGCGCAAGCAGGGGCAUCACUAGGUGCAGCAGGGGAGAAGAAGGUGUUUACCACACAGCCGGCAGGGCCGCAUGCUGGAGGUGCAGUGAAAGCAGAAGCAGUGCAGACCAGCCCUGGGACAGUGGGCCCGCAAAACACAGCAGUAGAGAACAGAGCGCAUGCCCGCGCUGCCGUCUCCGCACUCACCUCCUUCACAGACUCAGUCAUUCUCAUGGCACGCUGCCGCCAGGCUGGCACCGCCAUCCCUGCCGUGCUCCCCACGCCGGGCACCCCGGGAAUGGUUUCGUCCCCGUCGAUGAGUGUGGUGGCGCCUGCGCCUCCGGGUUUGAGUGUGCCUGUGCUGGAGGAGCUGCUGUCGCGCCUGCUGCACUGCUGCUAUGGGCUCGCGUGGCAUGAGCAGAUUGGCGGGGUGAUGGGGCUGGGUGCGCUCGUUGGCAAGGUCCCUGUUGACAUGCUGAGUCUCUUUCAGUCUCGCAUAGUCCGUGCACUUCUCUUCGUGCUUCGGAGGUUGCCGCAGCACUCAGUGAGGGAGCGAGAGGAGACAACCCACGUGCUUACCCAAGUACUACGAGUGGCCAACAGCAUGGACGACACAGCAUCAGAGGAGCGCACAGCGAGCUUCCGCUCCGUGGUGGAAGUGCUGGCAGUCGAGCUGUUCAACCCCAACUCGCCCCGCGUAGUGCGCAAGAACGUGCAGGCCAGCCUGGCACUGCUGGCGUCGCGCAGGGGCUCCGAGGUAUCGGAGCUGCUCGAGCCCACGUACCAGCCGCUGCUCGCUCCUCUUCUCAGCCGUCCGCUGCGGUCGCGCCAUGUGGAGCAGCAGGUGGGCACGGUCAUGUGUGCCAACUUCUGCCUGGCCCUCCGCCCGCCUCUCCUGCGCCUGACCCCGGAGCUGCUCACACUUCUCCAGGACGCCCUCAGCGUAGCAGAAGCAGACGAGGCGGUUCUCCACGCCAAGUUCCUCACAGGGCGGCAGGCCGCCGUGCUCACGGGCCUGCGCUCCGCAUGCAUUGAGCUGCUCUGCACCGCCAUGGCGUGGGACGAGUGCAAGGCGCCUGGGCACGCGGACAUGCGCUCGCGCAUCAUUGCCAUGUUCUUCAAGUCGCUCACGCUGCGCACGCCCGAGAUUGUCAGUGCGGCCAAAGAGGGUUUGAGGCAGGUGAUCAUGCAGCAGCGCCUGCCCAAGGAGCUUCUGCAGUCCAGCCUGCGCCCCAUCCUCGUGCACUUCGCCCACUACAAGUCCCUCAACCUGCCGCUGCUCCAGGGCCUGGCGCGACUAUUGGAGCUGCUGUCCAACUGGUUCAACGUGACCCUGGGCGACAAGCUCAAGGACUACCUGGCCAAGAUGCUGGAGCCCGACAGAGGGCCCGCGCAGUGGCAGAGAGCGUGGCGGCCAGGGGAAGAGCCCAAGAUAGCUGCUGCGAUCCUGGAGCUAUUCCACCUGCUGCCAUCGCAAGCCGUGAAGUUCCUCGACGACUUAGUCCACCUCUGCAUGCAGCUGGAGGCCGCACUCCCGCCCACCUCCCUCCUCUCCGACCUCAACUCGCCCUACCUGCAACCACUCACCAAGUUCCUCAACCGCUACUCGCACGAGUCAGUGGACUACUUUCUAGCGCGGCUCAGCCAGCCGGCUCUCUUCCGCCGCUUCCUCGCCAUUAUACGGUCGGAUACCGGCAUGCCGCUGAGGGAGGAGCUAGCGCGCUCGCCCAAUAAGAUCAUCGGUGCUGCGUUCCGGUCUGUAGCGCCGUCGCUGGGGCUCACAGACCUGCCUCAGCCCGCCCACCCGCUCACUCCCGCCCAAGAGGUGGAGGUGCAGAUGAACGGGAUAGCGCUGGUGCGGGCGCUGGUGAAGCUGCUGCCGGACUGGCUAGGAGGGCAGCGGCAGAUCUUCGAGGCGCUGCUGCAUCUCUGGCACUCGCCCGCACGCAAGCAGCGGCUCAUGCGCGAACAGGACCUGCCUCUGCACAUGGUGAAGGAGAGCAAGUGGCUGGCCAAGUGUUUUCUCAACUACGUGAAGCACAACCGGGAGGAGGUGGAUGUGCUGUUUGCGCUGCUCGCCAUCUUCCGCCAGCGCACGCGCAUCGACUACACCUUCCUCAAGCGCUUCUUCAUGCUGCAGCUCCCAGAGACGUACACGCCACAGCAACGCAAGCUGGUGCUGCUGCGCUUCCUCGUGCUGUACCAGGGCGGAAUCCUCACCAACCCCGCCCAGCCGCCAGCAGCAGGCCAGGCAGGCGGGCAGGCAGCAGCGGCAGCAGGAGGAGCAGGGGCAGCAGGAGGGGCGGUGAGCCAGGUGAUGCCGGCAGCGCACCAGGAGGCGAUGGUGACGGCGCUACAGCUGCUCAUCAUGCCCAUGCUCUCGCACUCUCUCAGCCAUGGGCAUGGCCCUGAGCUGCUCGAUGCUACUGUCAUCCGCACCAUUGUCGACCGCUUGCUCGACCCGCCUGAAGAGCUGAGCGCGCAGUACGACGAGCCGCUGCGAAUCGAGCUGCUGCAGCUGGCAACGCUACUCAUCCGCCACACGCCCAACGAGCUGAAGCUGCACCGGCGCGAGCUCAUCAAGUUCGGGUGGAACCACCUCAAGCGCGAGGACAGCAGCAGCAAGCAGUGGGCGUUUGUGAACGUCUGCCACUUCCUCGACGCGUACCAGGCGCCCGAGAAAAUCAUCCUGCAGGUGUUUGUCGCGCUGCUGCGCGCGUGCCAGCCGGAAACCCGGCUGCUGGUGAAGCAGUCUCUCGACGUGCUCAUGCCGGCUCUCCCCAACCGGCUGCCCCAGGGCGACCAGAAGAUGCCGCUGUGGAUUCGUUACACCAAGAAAAUCCUGGUGGAGGAAGGAUACUCAAUCGCGCACCUGGUGCAUAUUUUCCAGCUCAUCGUGCGCCAUGCGGACCUCUUCUACCCCUCGCGCGCCCAGUUCCUGCCCCAGAUGGUGCACUCGCUGCAGCGCCUCGCGCUGCCUCUGAACAGCUCGCUGGAGAAUCGGCGGCUGGCGGUGGACCUUGCAGGGCUUGUGGUGAAUUGGGAGAAGAAGCGUCGCGACAACGAAGCUGCCGCCGCUGCUGCUGCUGCAGCAGCAGCUGGUAGGGCAGCGGGUGCGGGUGUAGGGGGGGGAGCGGAGGGUGGCGAGGGCGGUCAAGGGGGAGCAGGAGGCAAGAGGGUGCUAGGGGGGAGUGAAGAGAAGGAGGAAGGAGGUGGUGGUGCUAAGCGGAUGAAGGUGGAGGAGGGGCAUGUGCUGGGGCCAGGUGCCGCACCUGGCUCUACACCCGGUGGAAACGCAGCAGCAGGAGCAUCAGGAGCAGCUGCAGGAGGAGGAGCAGGAGCAGGGGCGGCAGGGAGUGCAGCAGCAGGGGACGACGAUUUCCGGCCGCACACAGGCAUGGAGGAUAUGGUUCUCAACUUCCUCAUCCGCUUUGCAUUCGUAUCAGAACCCAAGGACAAGGACACCACAGCGCUGCACCAGCAGGCGCUGCAGCUGCUGGAGGAGGCUCUGGAGCUGUGGCCCUGGGCGACCAUUCGCGGAGGGGACGCCAGUCAGCAGGGGCAGGCAGGCGCAAGCAAGGCAGCACAGGGUGCGGGGGCGGCAACCAAGGACCUGUCCCUGGCGCUGCUGACAGGCAUGGGGGUCAUUGAGACGUGCCUGCGCAAGAGCCCGCUUUCCUUCCUCCGCCACAACUCCGUGCAUGUGCUUCAGAUCAUAGAGCCGUGCAUGAGGAGUCGCUCCAAGGAGGUCAUUGCCUGCCUGUGCCGCAUUCUCCGCACGCUCUUUUCCACCGCCGCCUCCCUCGCCCCUCCAUCCGCCACACGUGCUGCUGCCGGCACCGCAGCCACAGGCCCUGGCGCUUCCGCUUCCCCUGCUGCUCCCUCUCCUGCUGCUCCUGCUCCAGCUACUGCUGCUGGAGCCGCAGCAGUGGCAGGAGGGGAGGGGGCUAAGGGGCGAGAGGACGACCCAGCGGCAAGGGAGGUAUAUUUAGAGCAGGUAGCAGCUGUGGCGCAGAGGGUGGAGGAAGUGACACAGAAGCUUCUCGUGUCCAUUGUCUCCCCUCAGGCCUCUGGCUCUGGCUCCGCUGCUGCAGCACCUGGGCAAACUCCUGGUGCUGCUGGCCCAGGUGGCUCUGCUGCCGGGGCAGCAGGAUCAGGUGCCAUGCCUCCACCUCAACCGCAGCAGCAACAGCAGGGUAGAGCAGGCACACCCGGUCUCCCUCCCUUGGCCUCCCGUCCUGGUGCUGCUGGUGCUGCUGGCAUAGCACAUGCAGCAGGCGCAUCCACUCCUCAGGGAGGUGCACCUGGUGCAGGUACACCUGCUGGAGUGGCAGGAGCAGCAGCCGGCAUGGCCCGAAGUGCCACUCCCACUCUGCCUUCGGCUUCUUCUGCUCCGGCCGUUCUGUCCGCCGCCAAUAAUGCUGCUAUAAGAGCGUCCCUGGCAGUGCUGCACACGCUGGCAGCAACAGAGCAGCAGCAGAUAGUGGACCGGCUGCUGCUUGUGCUCGUGCCCACGGCCCUCCACCUCUCUCGCAGCAUUGCUGCUGCAGGCCCGGCUGCUGGCUUGACAGGAGAUGCACAGGCAGAUGAAGCAGCAGGGGGCGGGCGAGGCAAGCCGCCAUCCCCAGGCCUGGCAGCAUUGGCAGGGGCAGGAUCCGGCAGCUUCAGUGCAGCCGCAGCAGCCGCAACAGCAGGGAGCGCUGCUGCAGGCAGUGCUGGCGGUGCUGGGGGAGGGGCAGGCGGGGCAGGCGGGGCGGGUGGGGCGGGUGGGGAGGAGGAGGGGCCGGGGUUGAUAGCGGCGGGGGUGGAUAAUCUGUGUGACGCACUUGAGCUGCUGGGACGGCGUGUGCUGUAUGUGACGGAUUGCCGGCGCCAGUUUGGGCUGCUGCUGCAGAGCCUGCUCACGGACCGAGCCACGGACCCGGCGGUGCUGCUGUCCAUUCUGGAGAUUGUGUGCCGAUGGGUGGACACAGAGUUCAGGUGUGUGCUGCUGCUGCUCCUGAUGGAGAGCCGAUGGGUGGAUAAUGAGUUCAGGUGCGCCCUGCUGCUGCUCCUCAGUAUGCUCUCUCCCUCUCAUGACUCCCUCCCUCCCCUUUCCUCCCCAUCCCCUUCCCCCCGUUUCCCCCUUCCUUUCCCCCGCUUCUCCCCUUCCUGUCCCCCCUCCCCCUUCCCCCACAGGGUGGCGGUGGUUCGGGGAGCGCAGCAGCAGGCGGAGCUGGUAUACACGGGCAUGCUGAACGCGCGGGACGUGGUCAACUUCCUGUACAAGCUCGCCCUCGUCACCAAGGAGCGCCGCCUCUGCCACCUCCACUUCGCCCCCUCGCGCUCCUCCCGCGCCUCCUCCGCUGCUGCGCUUGCUGCCUCCACUGAUUCGCCUGCCCUGCCAGCUGGGGCCCAACCCAGUGCAGACUCCUCAUCAUCAGGGUCAGCAAUUGAGCCAGCGCGGGACUGGGAGGGAAAGUUCCUGGGCCUGCUCUACUCCCUCUGCUCCGACUCCUCCAGGUACCCCACGCCAAUCCGCCAGGAGGUCUUCCAAAAGGUAGAGCGCGUCUUCAUGCUGGGCCUGCGCUCGCGCUCCCCCACCCUCCGCGCCAAGUUCUUUUCCCUCUACAACGACGCCAUAGGGCGGCAGCUGUGCACGCGCCUGCAGUUCAUCAUCCACGGGCAGAGCUGGGAGGCCCUCGCAGACUCCUUCUGGGUCAAGCACGCGCUCGACCUGCUGCUAGCUAUUCUUAUCGACCGGGACAGCGUCACGCUUGCUCCCAACUCCGCGCAGCUGCCCCCGCUCAUGCCUGCUGGGGGCGUGCCUCUGCACGCUGCCGCUGCUGCUGGGAUCUCAGGGGGAGUGUCGGGCGGAGGAGGAGGGGGAGGAGGGGGAGGUGGAGGGGGAGGGGGAGGGGGAGGGGGAGGGAGUGGGAGCGGAAGCGCGGGCGUGGAGGGAGCAGGUUCCGAGGAAGCGGAAGGCGGGCGGUUGUCGUUCAACUCGCUUGUAGCAAAGCACACCAAGUUCAUAAACGACUCUCUCCGCCUGCAAGUCUCCGACCUGCUACGCCCCCUCCAGGAGAUGUCUGUAGAAGAGCCCAUUGUUGCGUACCAUCUGUGGGUGCUGGUGUUUCCGAUUGUGUGGGCGUCGCUGCACAAGGACGAGCAGGUGCAGCUGGCCAAGCCCAUGAUUGCGCUGCUGUCCCGCGAGUACCAUUUUCACCAGCUGCACCGCCGCCCCAACGUCGUGCAGGCGCUGCUCGAAGGCAUCAGUUUGAGUCAGCCGCAGCCCAAGAUCCCAUCGGAGGUGAUAAAGUACCUGGGGCGCACGUUCAACGCGUGGCACGUGGCCAUCCCGCUGCUCGAGAGCCAUGUCUCCAUGUUCCCACAGGACGCCCGCUGCUUCGAUGCCCUUGCUGAGCUCUACAGGUUGCUGAACGACGCGGACAUGGUGCACGGGCUGUGGCGCAGCCGCAAGGCAGCACAAGAAACCCACGUGGCGCUGGCCCUCCAGCAGCACGGCUUCUGGCGCGAGGCGCAGGAGGUGCUCUCCCGCGCCAUGGCCCGCUGGCAGCACAGCGGCUUCACCAACCACGAAGUCGGCAAGGCCGAGGAGUCCCUCUGGGAGGAGCAGUGGCUUGCGUCCGCCCGGCAGCUGUGCCAGUGGGAUGUAUUAUCGGAGUUUGGGAGAGAGGUGGAUAACUACCAGGUGUUGCUGGAUGUGGAGUGGCGGCGGGGUAACUGGGCGUUGCUGCGGGAUACGGUGCUGCCCAAGGCACAGGUGGAGGAGAGCCCGCGGGUGGCGAUUGUGCGCGCGUACUGCAAGCUGCAGGAGGGCACGCUGGAGAGCAUCCAGGAGGCGGACCAGCUCAUCUCGCUGGGGGUGUCACUGGCGCUUAGCAGGUGGUGGCAGCUACCGGUGGUGGGCGUGCAGCCGCACCUGCCACUACUGCAACAGUUCCAGCGCCUGGUGGAGCUGCAGGAGUCAGCACGCGUGCGCCUGGACAUAGCAGCGGGCGCCAAGCACCACAAGCUCAUGGCCAUGCACGGUGCCGGCUCACGCGACGCCGCCGCUGCAGCAGGCACUGCAGGAGCAGCAGGAGGAGGAGCGGGGGGAGCAGGCGGGAGCGGCCCUGGGGGUGGGGCAGGAGGGGCGGGGGCGUCGGCGCCGUAUGCGUUCACACAGCUCAAAGAUGUGUUGGAUACGUGGCGAAUUAGAGUGCCCAACGAGUGGGAGGAGGUGGCUGUGUGGAGCGACGUGCUGCAGUGGCGCAACCACGUCUACUCCUUCAUCAUCUCCUCUCUUGACUCCCUGCCGGAAACCAGUCCCGACCUGCGCUCCCUUGGCUUCCGCGACAAGGCAUGGAGCGUGAACCGUCUCGCCUCCGUUGCCCGCCACCACGGGCUAGGAAGCACAUGUGUGCGCCUACUCAACACCCUCUACGGCUACAUGACCAUGGAAGUCCAAGAGGCCUUCACCAAGAUCCGCGAGCAAGUUAAAGCCUACAUGGAGAUGCGGGAAGGCGGGGGGAAGCUCCUCACGGGGCUGAACCUGAUCAACGUGACGCGGCUGGAUUACUUCCCGCAUCCGCUGCAGGCCGAGAUAUUCCGGCUCAAGGGCGAGUUUCUGCGGCGCAUGGGCGAUGGGGACGGCGCACACGUGGCCUUCUCCACGUCGGUAUCUUUGUGCAAGAGCUCGCCGAGAGGGUGGCUCAGCUGGGCGUGCUACUGCGACCAGGUGUGGCAGAGUACGGGCGUGGCGGUCUGGCUAGAGUACGCAGUCACCUGCUACUUCCAGAGCAUCACGUACGGCUCGCCGCGCGGUCGCACGUUCCUGUCGCGCGUGCUGUACCUGUUAUCCUUUGAGGAUGGAGAGGGCACGGUGGCACGUGCCUUUGAUAAGCACGCUGAUAAUGUGCCCAACUGGGUGUGGCUCGCCUGGCUGCCGCAGCUGCUGCUGUCGCUGCAGCGCCCCGAGAUGCCCCAUGCCAAGGCCAUUCUCCUGCGCCUUGCUGCGUCCUACCCCCAGGCACUCUACUACUGGCUGCGCACGCACGUCCUUGAGCGCAGAGACGGAGGGGGAGCAGGAGGAGGAGGAGCGGGAGCAGGAGGGCCAGUGGGUGCAGCAGCAAGGGCUGUGCCGGCCAUGUCAGAGUCGCGAACAGCCGUGUCUGCUGCAUCGAAUGAUGCUGGCCCGCCCUACAACCCUGGGGGCGGGGCCAGGCCGGCAUCAGCAGCUGCCCCUGGCCAAGCAGCAGCAGCAGCGGCGGCGACGGCGGCGCCGCCAACGGCACUGGCAGCAGGUGGGCCGGUGGUGGGCGUUGCCCGGCGCUCAGCCGCUGCAGGUGCACCUGGGGGAGGCGCAUCUGGCGCUGCUGCUGGCACCGCCGCCGCUGCGGCGGCCGCCGCCGCUGCUGCUGGUACCGGAAGUAACAGUGCUGGCACAAGCAGCUGGCAGGCAGCAGCGGUGAUGGCAUUCGAAGCAGCAAUGGAAGUGAUGGAGGCGCUGCGCACCAAGUAUGGCAGCCUGGCGUCAGAGCUAGAGGUGAUGCUCACAGAGAUCGGCGUACGCUUUGUGCCUCUCCCAGAGGAGCGCCUACUCGCUGUCGUGCACGCGCUGCUGCACCGCUGCUACCGCUACCCCACCGCCACCACCGCCGAGGUGCCUCUGUCACUCAAAAAAGAGCUGUCUGGCGUCUGCCGCGCGUGCUUCUCGUCUGAUACAGUCACCAAGCACACCGAGUUUGUGAACGAGUACAAGCGCGAGUUCGAACGGUCUCUCGACCCGGAAUCCACCGAUACCUUCCCCAAGUCCCUCGCCGACCUCACAGCGUCGCUCAAGCACUGGGAGGGGGUGUUGCAGCGUAACAUCGAAGAGCGGUUACCAGCGGUGCUGAAGCUAGAGGAGGAGAGCCGGCAGCUGCGGGAGUGGAACGUGAUGGACAUAGAGGUGCCAGGACAGUACUUUAACGACCAGGAUGUGCCGCCAGAGCAUGCAGUCAAGCUCGAUCGUAUCGCUCCAGACGUGCCAAUCAUCCGCCGCCACGGCAGCAGCCACCGGCGGCUGUCUCUCGUGGGCAGCGACGGGUCUCAGAAGCACUUUUUGGUCCAGACGUCCCUCACGCCGUCGGCACGCAGCGACGAGCGCACGGUGCAGCUGCUGCGGUCCAUCAACCGGGCAGCGCUGCUGAAGCACCGGGACACGCGGCGGCGCAACCUGGCGUUCCACACGCCUAUCAUCGUGCCCGUGUGGCCUCAGGUUCGCCUGGUGGAGGACGACGUAACCUACUGUACCUUCGCGGAGGUCUACGCGAUGAACUGCGCGCGCUACAACCGGGAAGCAGACCUCCCGAUCGCGAAAUUCAAGCACGAUCUCAACGCCGCGAUCAUCAACCAGCUGUCAGGGGAGCGGCUGGUGGCUCUACGGCUGAGAUCGUACCGCGAGAUCACAGCCCAUCUGGUAUCUGAAAACAUCAUGUCCCAGUUUGUGUACAAGUCGCUGCCGUCGUCGUCGCACCUGUGGACGUUCAAGCGGCAGCUGGCGUCGCAGCUGGCGCUGUCGGGGUGCGUGUCGUUCCUGCUGCACAUAGGAGGGCGCUCGCCCAGCAAGACCCUCUUUGCGAGGAACACCGGCAAGAUCUUCCAGAACGACUUCCAUCCAGCAUACGACCAUAACGGCAUGGUGGAGUGUCAGGAGCCGGUGCCCUUCCGCCUCACGCGCAACCUGCACACCUUCUUCACGCCCUUUGGCACGCUCGGCAUCUUCAUGUCCGCCCUCUGUGCUGCUGCCCACACCAUCCUCGCCCCCAAGCGGCAUGACAUGAGGCAUCACUUUGCCAUGUUCUUCCGGGACGAGCUCAUCUCCUGGUCGUGGCGCAGACCCCCGUCCCUGGGCCCGCCGGGAGCAGCCAGCAGCAGUGGCAGCAUAGCAACGGCGGAUCUCAAGGCCAAGGUGGCGGCCAACGUGGAGAGCGUGUGGCGUCGCCUGCAGCGUGUCGCACCGCAGAGCUACGUGGGAGCCAUUGCUGCUGCUGCCGCUGCUGCCAGCGAGAUUCUGCAGAGCGAUGUGCCAGAGUUACGGUCAGUGCAGCAGGGGGCCAUGGAGCUGGUGGAAGCAGCACUUAAGCCAGAGAAUCUGUGCAUGAUGGAUCCCACGUGCCGCAUCUCUCUCAACGCGUCAUUCCCCGUCAUCGUCUCAAUUCGCAUUCAAGUCUUGUCUCUCUUCCAGUCGCCGCCCGCGGACCCCUUACACUUCAGACGCGCUAAAGCAGCGGCAACCCGUUCCCUCAUCCUCGUUCCAUCACUUUCAGCAACAGCAGCAGCAGCAGCAGCAGCAGCAGCAGCAGCAGCAGGAGGAGCAGUAGCAGCAGCUGAGCGAGCUUAG